CACACAGAGCUUCGUUUGUCUUCUCUCCUCUGAGAUAUUCUUCUGAUGCCUACCUCUGCUGGUUCAUGCACUGAAUUUCACCUGCAUGCAGUGAAGCUGAUCCCACGCUCCGCUGUCUACCCGGGAAACAUCUGGAUGAAAUGAGGAGAGUGGGAAACACAGCUGGCAGUGUGUGGCAUGGGAGUGCCCACCCAGAGCCCGGACCUGACCCCACAUACAACCUGGCCAGGUCAUUGCAUCUUCUGGGAGGCGAUGCUGAGCACCAAUCGGGGGACGGUGGGAGGGUUCUUCUUGGCAGGACGCAGCAUGGUGUGGUGGCCGAUCGGCGCCUCCCUCUUCGCCAGUAACAUCGGCAGCGGCCAUUUUGUGGGGCUGGCUGGGACUGGAGCAGCGUCUGGGAUCGCCAUCGGGGGGUUCGAGUGGAACGCCCUGGUGGUGGUGGUGAUCCUGGGAUGGCUCUUUGUGCCCAUCUACAUUAAAGCGGGGAUUGUGACGAUGCCAGAGUACCUGAAGAAGCGGUUUGGGGGCCAGCGCAUCAGAAUCUACCUCUCUGUCCUCUCUCUGCUGCUCUACGUCUUCACAAAGAUCUCUGCAGACAUGUUCUCAGGGGCCAUCUUUAUUAACCAGGCCCUGGGGCUCAACAUCUACCUGGCCGUGGUGCUGCUCCUCAUGAUCACUGCUCUGUACACCGUCACAGGAGGUCUGGCUGCGGUCAUCUACACAGACACCCUUCAGGCCUUUAUCAUGGUGGUUGGUUCCUUCAUCCUCAUGGGAUUCGCGUUUCAGAAGGUUGGUGGGUAUGAGAACUUCAUGGACAAGUACAUGCAGGCCAUCCCGUCCAUCAUUGGCCCCAACAUCAGCGAGCAAUGCUACACCCCCCGCCCUGACUCCUUCCACAUCUUCCGGGACCCCCUGACCGGGGACCUGCCCUGGCCUGGCCUGGUGUUUGGCCUCACCAUCCUGGCCACCUGGUACUGGUGCACUGACCAGGUGAUCGUGCAGCGCUGCCUCUCGGCGAAGAGCAUGUCCCACGUGAAGGCCGGCUGCAUCCUGUGUGGCUACCUGAAGCUGCUGCCCAUGUUCAUCAUGGUGUUCCCUGGAAUGAUCAGCCGCAUCCUGUACACAGAUGUGGUGGCCUGUGUGGACCCUGACGAGUGCAAGAAGUACUGCGGCACCACUGUGGGCUGCUCCAACAUCGCCUACCCCAAAAUGGUGGUGGACCUUAUGCCCAACGGUCUUCGGGGGCUGAUGCUGUCAGUGAUGUUAGCAUCACUCAUGAGCUCGCUCACCUCCAUCUUCAACAGCGCCAGCACGCUGUUCACCAUGGACAUCUACACCAAGAUCCGCGCCAAGGCCUCUGAGCGAGAGCUCAUGCUGGCCGGCAGGCUGUUUAUCUUGGCUCUGAUUGGUGUGAGCAUCGCCUGGAUCCCCAUCGUGCAGACAGCGCAGAGUGGCCAGCUCUUCGACUACAUCCAGUCCAUCACCAGCUACCUGGGCCCGCCCAUCGCCUCCGUCUUCCUGCUCGCCAUCUUCUGCAAGCGCGUGAACGAGCCGGGGGCGUUCUAUGGGCUGCUGAUCGGGCUGUUUGUGGGGCUGGCCCGCAUGAUCGCAGAGUUCGCCUUCGGGACGGGCUCCUGCGUCAACCCCAGUCACUGCCCCGAGAUCAUCUGUGGGGUUCACUACCUGUACUUCGCCAUCCUGCUGUUCUGCAUCACCUGCCUGCUGGUGCUGGCCAUCUCCCUGAUGACCAAGCCCAUCGAUGACCAACACCUGCAUCGGUUAGUCUGGAGUCUUCGAAACAGCACAGAGAAGAGGGUGGACCUGGAGAUCGAUGACUGGACCGAGGAUGCAGGCUCUUAUACCACGGAAGUGGAAGAGUCUCCUGGGGAGGUGGGUUUCUGCAGGAAGGCCUAUAACUGGUUCUGCGGGUUUGAGCAGAGCUCCGGCCCCAAGCUGAGCGCUGAGGAGCAGGCUGAGCUGCAGAGGAAGCUGACCGACACGUCGGAGAAUCCCCUCUGGAGGAACGUGGUCAACGCCAACGCCAUCAUCCUGCUCGCGGUCGCCGUGUUCUUCCACGGCUUCUACGCGUGAGCCUGUGUCUCAGGGCGCGGGGGGGUGUUGGUGUUGUGGACCUUGGGGCCCCAGGCCCCAGUUUUUCUUCCAGCUGCUGUCAUUCUUUUGACAGUAUUCUGCAUAAUUCUGCAGGUUUACUCCCGAAUUGGGCUCUUCAUGAAUCAAAACAGCAUCAAGAUGAAAUCCGUGAUUUGAGGCUUAAAUGAAUCAUUGAGAGCGGUAGGUUGGUGUGAAAUCCUGAAAUUGAUCUCAUGGUCUCACUCAUCCCUGGUCACGGCUUUUCUCCUCUUGAUGAACUUUUUCGAGUGACUGAGAUCAGAAACUCUGUGGUGCUGUCCGGUGCAGGAGCAACACCGUACGCACAAGAGGCUGUCAAUGAGCUGUUCACUUCCCAAAGUGGACAUGAGCACAGGGCUGUGGACUGUAUCUGCAUCUCUCCUGAACAGCUUACGACUCAUUUCAUCUGCCUUCGGUUCUUUUGUGAAGAGGCUGACACCACAUUUCCUCGGGUUGGUGGUCAAGUGUUGACCAGUGUAACUUUAACCAGCUUUCACUCCUGCUUUUCUCCGGUUUAAAAUCCUGCAGGACUGCACUGUCCCAGCGCGUUUGUAUGUUAGCUGAGUCUGUUUGGUUUCUUAUGUAGCAUUAAGAGAACUGUCAUUGGAAAUGCAUUUUAAUGUAAAACAUACACCAAAGGAUCAGAACAUUUUUUAAAAUAUAAUUAACAUUUUUUAUGGUUCUCCUCUUUUUCUUUCCAAUUUGUAAUACCCAAUCAUGUGUGUGUGUGUGUGUGUGUGUGUGUGUGUGUGUGUUUUAAUCAUCUUACAGUUUGUGAAAAGAUCCUGGCUAGUCUGCAGUCUGUGUUUAUUUAAUCAUUUAUACAAAUUAGGCUUUGCUUAAUUAAAUAUAAAUCCUCACACAUGCAUGCAUGAACUCACACACAAAGGCCUUUUCUUUUUGUAUCACAUUUAGCCUAUUGUUUAAAUGCACUGGAACCACAAAAGUGUUUUUAAACUGAAAUCAUGCACAAAUAUUUAAAAAGUGAGUCACAUAGUGUUUCAGUAUGGUCAGGAGGUCACCACAAACAA